GUAGGAUUUAUGUAGGAUAGUGUUGCAAUAUUGCGUCUGAUUUUUUUUUUUUUACGCGCUUAUUUUACUAGAUUACCCAAGAUCGAAGGCGAUUGGCACGAGUAUGAGUCCAAGCAGCGAAAGAAGGCCAAUGCAAAACCCAAGUCGCAGCACCAGCACAAUCCACAUCAUCCACACCAUCCACGACACCCCAGCGAUGGGGAUCGAAUGGAGCAUUUAGAGCAAGUCAAGCCAAACGACCCAAAUCGCCCACCCAGCUCAAGGAAGCAUGUCUUAAGUGGCGAAUUGAAACCAGCCAGCGCGGUCAGUGUCUCCGCCCCAGCUGCGGUUCCCGUCGGUUUAGUUGUCAUGUCAGGAUCCGCGGGCUCUGAAGGUAGUAUAGUUCCUGUAGAGCAAAAGCCGGAUAUUGUCAUGAACCAGCCACCUGCGUUAGUCGAAACUAUCACUGCACUUCCUGCCGUAUCCCCAUCAUACCUCCCUUAUUCAGCUGCAUCAGCGCCUCAAGCACUAGCUACUCGUCGUGCAGCAGAAGUUAUAGUGCCGGACUACCGAAAUGUCCCUCCGCCAGCUCCUGGACAACAACUCUCGGUCCCUCCUCUUCCUCCAGUCCAUCCAAUGUAUGCUGAACGCGCUGCUGAUCAGGCAAUGAAGCCAUUUGCUCAUGAUCCUGUAAAUGGUGGACCCAUGUCAAACCGUUACGGCGAACAUACUGCAACAUACGAUCCAUCUAGACACGGUCCUUUGACGCAACCACCCGCAGCUGUGGUACCGCUUGCGCAACCAGCAGAUCCCUAUGCGAUAGAUCAUCAUCGAGGCUCGUUUAGCAACGAUGAUCAUCAUCGCGGCUCUAUCCCUCCCCCUCUUCCAGAUCAUACUAAGCGUUACUAUGACAGCCAUGAGAGUGCAGGCCAUGCAUACGAUUAUUAUAGUCGUAGUCGACACUAUGACUAUGGAAGGGAUCGCGAUCGCGAUCAUGACAGAGAGCGUGAUCGAUAUCGAGAUUAUAGUAGAAGACGGGGCGAUUAUCGUGGAAGAGAUUGGUCUAGGGAUCGUGAUAGAGACAGGGGUGGACGAGACCGUGACAGAGAUCGCGACUAUGAUCGCUACAGAGAGCGAUCAGGGCGCGGCUACGACCGAAGCAGAGACCGUGCUCGCGAAAGAAGUUAUGAUGAUGAUGAUUAUUAUUAUCGUGACAGGGGCCGUGAUCGCGAUGCUGAUAGAGAUUAUGCAGACUUUCGAAGUCGAGAUAGAGAUAGAGAUCGCGACCGUGACCGUGACCGAGAUCGGGAUCGUGACCGCGGAAGAGAUCGAGAGUAUGGCCCUAUGGGUGGAGAAGAAGAGCGGGACUAUGAGAGAACUCGAUAUGGGGAACGAGGCCGUGAUCGUGAGAUUGAUAUUGAUAGGGUAGACAACUACUCAAUGCAUCAUGGAAGACGACGUGAGCGGUCAGUAGGCGAGUACGAAGAGGAUUCUGAACGAGAGCGGGAUCGAGAAAGGGAUCGGGAUCGUGAGAGUGAAAAUGAGGAGGGUGAACAUCAUCCACAUCAGCAACAACAACAACAACAACAACAACAACAGAAGCAGCAACAGGGGCAACAACAGGAGCAGCGAGCAACCUUCCCCCCUCCACCCAAGAAGCUGAAAUUAUCAACGGACUCAUCACUAUCACCACCUUCUUCAACGUCGACACUCUCGUCUAUGACAUGAUAACACGGCAGAACCACAUUUCGACACUUCGAUGCUUUCAUAAGACAGAUUCAAUGAUUUUUUAAAGAGCUGUCAAGAAAACAAACCAAAAAAAAAAAAAAAAAAAAAGCUCAUUAUCUGAGCCAUCAUCUUCCUUGUACAAUAUAACACUCAGUUUUUUAUUCAUUAUCUGCGUGACCUCAUCAAAAUACACAGACACAGACACAGACAUGUACUCCACACAUGCACAUUGUACUAAUAGACAUGUUAAUAAAAG